AGAAAAAGAUAUCUCUUCGUACAGUGAGGAAAUGGAAAUGGAAUGUGAUGGAGUUAGAGUAGAAUCAUUUGUCAUUGAUCUGUUACACACUCGAUCCCCAGAAUAUAUAGACAGCGUGUGAAAAUUAUGUUGUAAUCAAAUAUAAACCCGUGCUUGUGUACUGUAUGCACUAGAAUGAAUAGUGAAAUUUGUGAUCAAUUUAGCAAGCAAACAAAUAUAACCUCAAAUGAAAUGUGCCUUCAUACUUUACCUGAAACACAUGAUACAUCAUUCUCAAAAGAAAUAACGAAUCCUACAACGUCAGAAGAAAUAGAAAAUAGUGAACUUGUAAAUUUCACCGAGCCAAGAAAUACAAAUUCAAAUGAUGAAUUGGCAGAAUCUACCUGCAUUCAAUACAACUGGUCUAGAGCACCAAGACCAUUAUGCAUAGCUACCAAAGAAUAUCAGCCUACAGAUUUAUAUGAAAAUUUUACAAAAGGUUGUCAAUGGUCCCCAGAUGGUACAUGUUUACUUGUUCCAUCAGAAGACUUUAGGAUACGUAUAUAUGAACUCCCCAGAGAGUUAUAUUCUGGUCAAUUCUCAUCUGACUUUAUGCAGACUGAUUUUAAGUCUGCUCUGACUGUUAAAGAAGGAGGUCUCAUAUAUGACGUUUGCUGGUAUCCCUUUAUGAGUUCGUGGGAACCUAUAACAUGUUGCUUUCUUAGUACUAGUAAAGAGAGUCCUGUUCACUUGUGGGAUGCAUUUACAGGAGAACUGCGUGCAACGUAUCAACCUUACAAUCAAAUGGAUGAAAUAGAAGCCUCUCUUAGUGUUCAAUUUGUAAAUUCAGGAAAAGAAAUAUGGUGUGGCUUCAAAAAUGCUGUGAGAACUUUUGAUACAGAUCGUCCUGGACGUCAAACAAAUACCAUUCAAUUUAAACACGAUUUUCCAAAUAUGAAUGGGUUAGUCUCAUGUAUUCGUGAAAAUCCAAUUAUGCCAGGUCUAAUUGCCCUUGGCACAUAUUCUAAAUAUAUUGGAUUGUACAAAGAUGGACCACUUUGUACUUUCCAAACUGGAAGUGGUGUAACCCAAGUUGAAUUUAGUUCUUGUGGAAUGAAAUUAUUCUCUGCUGUUCGAAAAAAUAAUGAAUUUUUAUGUUGGGAUCUUCGUAAUCCUGGAACUGUUCUUUAUUCUUUUCAAGGAAGACAGUCAGAUACUAAUCAAAGAAUACAGUUUGCUGUCACACCUAACAGUAAACAAAUAAUCUCUGGUGGUAUUGAUGGAAAUAUCACUGUGUGGGAAUUACCAGAAAUUACAGAUUACGAAGAUUUAAAUCCAAAAUAUAAAAUAAAGUUGUCUAAAGAUUGUAUAAAUGGAACAAGUUUACAUAGAAGUUUACCAAUAAUAGCAACUACUUCCGGACAAAGACAAUGUAGUACUAAAAAUCAUAGAGACAAUAGUGUAAGACUGUGGUGGGCUUCUUAAAUAAAACAAUAUAGUUUUAUUUACAGUAUUUGUGUGUUAAAGAAACUAAAUAUUUUGUACGCUUUAUAGAAUUAUACAUAUUUUUUAUUA